AUGGCAUCAACCGAGACCACACAAAAUCUGGAUGUCAUUACAGUGCGGAUGGCCAGAUUGGAUUUUAAAACGCCUUGGGGGUUUUCGGUUAAGCCGCCACGAGUUAUUGAUAAGGUAAGUUCAUUUUCUAGCCCUAGCCCAGAGCCCUAGCCCAGAUCCCUAGCCAAGAGCCCUAGCAAAGAACCCUAGCCCAGAGCCCUAGCCCAAAACCCUGACCAGCUUUCUAUCCCUUGCCCAGAGCCCUAGAGAUCUAGCCCGGAGCACUAACCCAGACCCAUAGUCCAGAGCCUUAGCCCAGAGUUCUAGCUCAGAGCCAUAAACCCAGCCCUGUCCUUAACCCAGAGUUUAGUCCCAGCCCCCGCUCCUAGCCGCUGAACUAGCACUAGCCUCAGCUCUAGCCUCAGUCCUAGCCCUAGCCUCAACCCUAGCCUAGAGUUUUAGCCCUAGUCCCAGCCUUAGCCCAUAGCUCUGAACUAGCCUUUGCUUAGCCUCAGCCCUGGAUAUAGUCCUAUUCCUAGCCUUACAAGGGAAUGUUACAAACUGCCCAUUCGAUCUUUAAAAAUGAAUGGUACCAUGUGAAAGAGCGUAAGAAGAUGACUAAAAAUCUAUUUUCAAAAACUGCUAAUUUUGCUUUACAAGCCCGCUAGCGAGCUUUUAAAAUUUUUACUAUUAAAACGGAUUUUUUAAACCCGCUUUCUUUUGGCUUCUUUCAAAAGGAGAAGUAAAUGUGUUCGAAUGGCCGAGUGGUCAAAGGCGCCGUGAUUGCGCAAUCAAUGGACUUUAGGUUCGAUUCUCUUUUUGGUUAAAUGAUUGGUAUUCUUUUUUAUUUAAAAGUUAAUCAAAUUAAAUAGUCAAAAAAAAAUUUUUUUGUUGAUAAUGACUUCUUACAUCUAAUAAAAUAUAAAAAAAGUAAAAACUAAGAUUUUUAAAAAUACAAUAAUCUAAAAGAAAGAAUAACAACUUAUAAGGCCCUUUCACUAAUGAUUUUAAAAUUUCGCUAGCGGGCUUGUAAGGCAAAAUUAGCAGUUUUUGAAAAUAGAUUUCUAGUCAACUUUUUACGCUCUUUCACAUGGUACCAUUCACUUUUGAAAAUCGAAUGGGCAGUUUGUAACAUUCCCUUGUUAGCCUUAGUCCUAAUUUUGAAAUUAAAAAAUUUAAAUUUGCCUAUUUUCAGGUCCAAGGAGGUGGACUAGCCGAUCGUGCGGGCCUUCAAACCGGUGAUUAUAUCGAUGAAAUUCAAUCCCAAUCCAACCCUACCUUCUUGAAAGUCAGCGAGCUGAUCAAUAAACAGGCCAACGAUCUGGAGCUGGUCGUUUUGCGGUAAGAAAAACUCAUUUUUAAAUAUUUUUUUUUUAAUUUUUAAAAGGAUUUUUAAAUUUAAAAAUGGUUUUUUUUUGUAAAAUACGUUAUCUUGUGUGAGGGUUGGUAAUUUUAUAUGAAGAUUCACUAUUUUUAACUAUUUUUUACAAAAUAUUUAUUAAACUAAGUCUAGAAUAACAUUGUACAGUGCUAUAAGGUCACAAAUAAAAAUUAUCGUAUAUUAACAAGGAAAGCAACCAACAUGCUUCGCUCAAAAUCAGCUCAAAAUUUUUAUAUGAAUUUCUUGUACCACCAAUAGUAGCCAUAAAAACUUUUUAGCUCCCGCUUUUUGAGUUUUAAAUUUAAAUUAUUUUUGUUUCCCGCCAUUUUGGCAACUUUGGCAUUGUGUUUCAAGCACUUUUUGGCUUUCCAGACAAGAUACGCUUACAAAUUAAAAAAUGUAGGUUCAUUUAAAGGUUUUCUACUAAUAAAUCAAAGAAAAAUUCUUAAAAAUCAAAAAAUGACAAAGUUACAAGCUUGAAAGACAAUGCCAAGUUGGCGGGAAAUUCAAAAUGUCAUUUUUCAAUCUUGAAUUUCUCGAGAUUUCCUGGAAAGCGCGAUUUAGUACUUUGUUGAAGACCUUAUAUUUACAUGAUCUUUCUAUAUAAAAAGUUUGAAGGCAAUCAGAGCGGGGCAGGUCGAGCACUGUCUUUGUAAUUAUAAUUGGCAAAUGCUUUUACAACUAAUCAUUGUUUGUCAUAUUAUCAUACGCAGCAAAUUAUCAUACGCAGUAAAUACUCAGACUUGGCAGUAGUAAUGUAAGGGCAGUUCCUGUCACAACGUCAAGAAAAUCUACCCCCGCCACGCUUUUUUAAAAAUUUUGAGAAUUUCCAUCUAGCUGUGAGGCAAUGCCUUUAAAAUGACAAAAUUAAGAAAAAAAUUGAAAUACGAUUUCGUAUCUUUAAAAUCGCCAAAACCGGUGUCGUAACAAGGUUACAACCACCUUGAUAUUCUCAAGGUUAGAUCCUUAAGUGAUAGGCGGACUUUCACUUUUUCAUUAAACCAAAAGGUUGAAAUCAGUGCUCGAGGCGGUUUAAUUUCGCAGUUUUGAAUAUUCUGUUGUGUCAUUUUGGUUUGACUGUUUGAAAGUUGAAAUAUGCAGUUCGAACGUAGUGUCAACUAUAACUACUCUUACAAUGAUCGAAUGUAAGGUUUUGGAAGGUAGUUUUUAAAGGGUGGGGAAGGGUAGGGAAGGACACGGUAAAGUAGGCUAGGGUAAUGUAAGGUAAGGUAGGGUAGGGUGGAGUAUGGUAGGGUAAAGCUUCAGCAUGGUAAAACUAAUGCUCCUUCUAAUAGAAUUUUGAACGAAUGUAAGGUUUAUUGAAGAUCAUUUUUAUGGGGUCGGACAGGGCGUUGUAAAGUAGGCUAAAGCAGAUUAAGAUAGAGUAGGGUUGGGUAAGGUAGUGUUUGAUCAAAUGUAAGGUUUUUAGAAGAAAGCCUUUGGCGUUCAAAGUUUUAAAAUUUGAAGAGGGAGGGUAUUUUGAAAAUUUAAGUGUAAUUUUCGGAACAGGGAUGGUUUUUUUAGAGUAGGGGUAAAUUUUGAAUGCUGGGGUAGGUUUUUGGAGUAGUAGUAGAAUUUUUAUAUAGAGGCUGGAAUUUAAGUUUAAAGGCAUGGUAGGGCAGAGCUGGAUAGAAAAAGCAAAGGUGGCUACAGUAAUAAAUACAACCGUUAACUAGGGUAGGGUAUAGUGUAAGUUAGGUAAGGGACAAAAGAUAAAUACUUUAAUCUAGGAUAAGGUAUUGUAGGUUAAAGUGAUAAAGGUGGCGUUUUAAAAGCAGGGGUAGGUUUUUAAAAGUAGAUUCUUUGGGCACGUUAGUAUUAUAUAAGGGUAGGGUAGAGUAGGGUAGAGUAGGGUAGAGUAGGGUAGGGUAGGGUAGGGUAGGGUAGGGUAGGGUAGGGUAGGGCAGGGUAGGGUAAGGUAGGGUAGUGUAGGGUAGGGUAAGGUAGGGUAGGGUAGGGUAGGGUAGGGCAGGGUAGGGUAAGGUAGGGUAGUGUAGGGUAGGGUAGGGUAGGGUAGGGUAGGGUAGGGUAGGGCAGGGUAGGGUAAGAUAGGGUAGUGUAGGGUAGGGUAAGGUAGGGUAGGGUAGGGUAGGGUAGGGUAGGGCAGGGUAGGGUAAGGUAGGGUAGUGUAGGGUAGGGUAAGGUAGGGUAGGGUAGGGUAGGGUAGGGUAGGGUAGGUUAGGGUAGGGUAGCGUAGGGUAGGGUAGGGUAGGUAGGGAAAGAGAGGGUAGGGUGAAAGGAAUUAAAAAACUUUGAAAAAUGACUUUUUUCAGAGGAAAAAAAAAUAAAAUUUUGGCUUAAAAUGACAAAAUUAAGCUUAAAAUUAAAUAAAAUUUUAAAAAUUUAAAUUUACAAGAUUUAGCGAAUGUAUUUUACAGUGAACCAACGGUAACUCGAAUCUGGAAGCCCAAUGUGACUGAUAGAAACGUCAACUCCACUAUUAAUCGCUCUCUAAACAACAAUGUCAAGGUGUCUUUGGAGCAUCAUAAGUUGGUAAGUGGUCUACAACUUGUUACAGUAUGACUGCUAUAUAUUCUAUAUAGUCUAGUCUACUUCAUACUAUAAUAUUUUUAAAUUUGUACAUUGUAAAGAAAGUUAUUGCGAUUUUUAUGCAACAAACCAUGAUUAAAUUUAUAAUUUUUAAUUUUUUAGCAGCCAGACCAGCCUCGAGGCUUCAAUUCAGGCCCACGUCAAUUUGGUGCUCCGACUGCCCCAAGCCCAAUGACAAAGUCAGAUCAUAGUCAAGUUCGGUCGGAAGUGUUGAAGAUGAUCAACGAGAACAAUCAACGACCAUACAGCCAGCCAAAGGGAUUGUUACCUAAUUGCUUCUGCUGUGGACGGUCGAUUGUGUAA